UCCAGGCGCAUUCGAAAACGCUUAGAACCACAGAUGUCACGCGUGUGGUUACGUUUUACGAGCGCUGCAGUAACUCGCGUCGUACAGAAAUCCGCAGAGCAGCUCCUGAACGCACCCUGGUGUCAAACACCGGCCGGCAGAACAGAUUUCAGCGCGGUUCGAGGGAACGGGAAGGCGUUCGUUGUUUUGCGUAAAUAGCUGGGUUGCUGCUGUCUAUGAAGUGAAGUGUUACGUAAGGUCCAUAGAUCAUUCUAGUUGUAUACAAAAGAAAUUUACGGUGCGUUAUUGCCGUGCGCUGUAUUUGUGAGACUUGAACUGGUAGGCACAUACUGUAAAAUAGUUUUGUUUAAAUCUACUGUAAUGUCAAGCGUUAGUACGAUUCUUCGAACACCCAUUCGUCUAGGAUUUUAUCGACUGUUGUCUUCGUUGCGAUUGAAUAUGGACACUCACGGAGUUGUUCCCGACGUUAUUGAUAAAGCCCCAGAGGAAGUAGCGAAGGUAUCGUAUCCAUCUGGAGUGAAUGUUGAUAAAGGCAAUGAAUUGACUCCAACCCAAGUUAAGGAUAUUCCUACUGUCACUUGGACUGCUCAAGAUGAUGCAUUGUACACACUUUGCAUGACAGAUCCUGAUGCUCCUAGCCGAAAUGAACCUAAAUUCAGAGAGUGGCAUCACUGGUUGGUGGUGAAUAUUCCAGGAAACAAUAUUGCUCAGGGUGAAACUUUAUCAGAAUAUGUUGGUUCUGGUCCUCCUAAUGGAACAGGCUUGCAUCGCUAUGUUUUUCUUGUGUACAAGCAGAAAGGAAAGAUUACUGCUGAUGAACCACGCCUAACUAACCGUUCGGGAGAUAAUCGUGGAAAAUUUUCUAUUCGCAAAUUUGCAGCUAAAUAUGGUCUAGGUGAUCCAGUUGCUGGUAAUUUGUAUCAAGCCAAAUGGGAUGAUUAUGUUCCAAAACUGUACGAGCAGUUGAGUGGAAAGUAAUUUCAUGUAUUGUUUUUCUGCCUUGGAAUUAACAAUUUGUUUUUCCCUCUGUUACUGAUGAUUUAAAUGGAAGUAUAAUCAAACUAUUCCUUAUAUUUUUAAAAUCUUGAAAUGUAGCAUUGGCAAAAAUAAAAAAAAUAAAAUUAAGUAUUGUACUGAGUGUUCUGUAGUUUUAUUGAAACUUUUUUUUGCUUUGCUUUGCCAUAUUUCCUUUUAAAAUGUCCAUGGUGUAAUUGGUUAUAUAAGACACUUGUAGAGAGAGAUCACACUUACAACUGGACCCAGAAAAUGUUAAGAACUGAGUUAUUAAUAUUUACCAACCAUACAUUGCAAAACCAGCUGUGAUAUAAUUCUAGAUAAUUAUAAACCAAAUCUAUGAAAAGUUUAAAACAGGAGAUGAAUAUUUUAAGAGCUACAUUUUAAGUGGAUACUCUACAUAAAAGGUAUUUGUAGGAAAUUGCUGAAUCGAAGACAGUUGCAAACUUAACAAGGAUUGUAAACAUGAGGAAGGCUUUGGUAAUUGUCGCAAAUUAAUAAAGGAAAUUCAGUGCAGAUUUGGUAAAUUUGCUAUUGUAUUAAAAGUUAAUGGAUAAGCAUCAAGUGGUACCUGAUGUUAUUGAUAAAGCUCCUGCUGAAGUGGCAGAGGUGAGUUGGAAA